UUGAGCAUUUUUUAGGAGCAGUGGGCUGCUGUAAAACGUCCAGGGAGCAACGUGUCUCGCUCAAGGACACUUCUGACAUGCAGACAGUAGGAAAUGAGGAUUGAACCCGUUCAACUCUACGAGCUACAGCCGGCUAUUGAUGAUUCAAACAUUUUGGACACAUGCAGAGGGAAUGUAUGUCUAUAUUAACAAUAAUGACAUCUAUUUUGAUGUCUACAUAUGUCUCUAAUACAGACUGAGAAAAUACAUUCUUACUCACUGAAUGUGCAAAGAGACAAUGUGUGUAGUUGUGUGUGUUGGGUGGUGUUGUCAGAGACCCUUGAUACUCUCUCUCUCUCUCUCUCCCUCUUUAUCUCUAGAUUUCUCCACCCCUCUCUCUCUCUCUCUCUCUCUCUCUCUCUCUCUCUGUUUUCCUCCCCACCCCGCUCUCAUUCCAUCAGGUCCUCACAACACACACCACAGCCUCCAAACGCCUCAUCUCCUCCAGCAGAGCCAGAGGAUCAGAGGGAGGGAGAGUAGAAGUGACGGGAGAACAACAGCAGCAUCACUGACAAGCAUCUCCCUCACUGGGGGAGAGAGGGAGGUGGGGAGAGGAGAAGUGGAGAGAGAGAGGAGAAAAGAAAAGAGGAGAGAGAGAGAGAGAGAGAGAGAGAGAGCAAACCAGUGAGGGAAAUAAGUUUUCAGUUGGAGGGAGGACAAGCGAGGGAGAGUUUGGAGUGAGAGAGCUUGGUGGGUGGCAGUGGGGGGAUUCAUUUUCCUUUUUCUUUUCUCGGCUGUGAGCGCCGCCUGCCACCUCUCUUCUCCUUCUCCCCCUCCUCCUCCUCCUCCUCCUCCUCUUCUUCCUCCUCUCCGCUCCUCUUCUCAUCCCAAAUCUCCUCUCCCAGCUCCCGCCGUGGGGUCUCAGCUCUCCAUCUCCCUCCCCCCCUCCCUCGCUCCCUAUCUCCCCCGGGCGCUGCUGGGAGCCUCCGGGCUGCUGCGCCGCAGGAGGAUGUCUCGCAGGGAGUCUCCGCCGCCGCCCUCGCCACCUCCGCAGCUGCUGGGAGUGCGGAGAGGAGAGGUGGACUGCGAGGAUCGUCCGGAGCGCGCCGAGCCGCUGUCCGACGCCGAGAGGGAGGUCAUCCAGGACACGUGGGGGCACGUCUACAAGAACUGCGAGGACGUGGGGGUCUCUGUGCUCAUAAGGUUCUUUAUCAACUUCCCAUCGGCCAAACAGUACUUCAGCCAGUUCCAGGACAUGGAGGACCCAGAGGAGAUGGAGCGAAGCAGCCAACUUCGGCACCAUGCCCGCAGGGUGAUGAAUGCCCUCAACACUGUGGUGGAGAACCUCCAUGACCCAGAGAAGGUGUCGUCAGUGCUGGCCCUGGUGGGAAAGGCCCAUGCUAUCAAACACAAGGUGGAACCCAUGUACUUCAAGAUCCUGAGCGGCGUGAUACUGGAGGUGUUGGCUGAAGAUUUCCCAGAGUUCUUCACGGCAGAGGUGCAGAUGGUGUGGACCAAACUGAUGGGGGCGGUGUACUGGCAUGUGACGGGGGCCUACACAGAGGUGGGCUGGCUCAAGGUCUCCAGCUCGGCGGUGUGAAGAGUCUGGAAGAAGAUGGCGAGCAGUUCUGUGAGGAUGGUUUCACAGACAUGGAUGAGAUUAACGUGGUAAUCCGUGCAACUCUGUACUUUAUUUUGGUGGCAUUUUGGGUGCUAAGCCUUCAUUGCUGUGGUGUUUCUACAUCACACUUCCCAGAGAUCACUUGGACACCAAACAAUGUAGCCAGACAACAUUUUCCUUUUCUUCUUAUGAAGUUUUAGCCAGUGUAAGUGGCACUUUGGUCUGUGUUUUUAGCCACGGAAACUAUCACUGCUAAUGCUAUCUAUCCAGUUCUUCUACUGUUUAUUCCAAACAAACUACUGUUGCUGCCAAAAGCGUACAACACAUCAUUAAUUGAUCCUUCGCUAAACCCUGCCCCCCUUAGUUACUGUUGCUAGGCCUGCAAAGCUUUCCAAUCUAGUCACAUCUAAAGUUUAAGAUGCCUUCACACGAUGAGAAAUUUGCUCUUUGCGCACCGUAUAUAUCAUAUAAUAUGUCGUUGAAAAGUGCACAAGGAAGCCGAGGUCCAAGUUGGAAUAAUUUGAACUUUGAGCACAGCGCUCAGUGGAAAAUUUUGAGCGGUGCACCACGCCAAGGGUACCUCUUCCGCCUAGUCGGGCGGCAUCGUUCUCCCCAUCGGAAAACAUUGGCACAGCCCCCGUAAAGCGAUUUUACCAUUGAUCAUGUGUGGGCAGCUUCACAAUGUUAAUGGUGUCAGAUUUACCGCUCACAAUUCUUGGUAAUUUUUGAAACUCCUUGAUUUCAGACAGAGUUAGGUUUCUCAUUGUUAGCUGAACACUGUCGAUUUUGCCACCCGUAAUAACAACUGUUGCUAGCAGCAUUUUAUCAACUAUCACUAGCUAACGUUAGCCAAUUAAUGUUAGCUAAGUAAGUUAUUUAAUAACGCUGUUUCCAACCAAUUUGUUUUAACAAAAACCUUGUAAAAGGAUCUUAAAUAUGUACUUGAACGCUACAUUACAGUUACAUCAUAUUAUGCUAAAAGGCUAAAGUUGUGAAAAAUGUCCUAAGUAGCAUCUUCACCAUGAAACAUGUAGAAUACAUGAAAACAAAGGAGCAGUAUUGUUCUUAUAUUGCAGCACAGCUAGAUAUAUAUUAGUUCUAGCAUAAUGGUAUAGCUACAAUAUGAUAAAGAAAAAUGUGAGGAAAACAUACUGUAUUAUAGUACAGCAUUAUAAGGGAAAUGGAAAAGGUGCUGGGGUAGGUUCUAUGUAAUAAGCUAAUUAGCCAAACAUGCUCACAUUUGCAGCUUAGGUUAGAGCCAUAGACUGUAUAUAUAGAUGGACGACGCGUCUCCUCUUCCUCCAACUGGACAGAAGUGAAGCCAAAACAAAGAACGUAUAUAAAAAAGAAGUUAAAGUGAAUUGUUUGUUCUAUUGCGACAUCAGCAGCCAGCAGCAAAGCUACGGUUCCGCCAUUUUGGACUGAAAGCGACUACCGGAUGCCAGUAAAACGUCAGCCUAAAAAGUGCCGCACAAAAGUAAAACAAAAUUAUUUGUAUUCUAUUGUCCUAUUCAACCGAAAUGUGUGUUGAAAAAUAAAUUAUUACAAAUAUGAUAAGCGAUUUCAGUCCAAGACGGCGGCAGCGGCUGUUGUCAAAAAAAAGAAACAGAGUUUCGUCUCUUUGCUUUUUUACUCUUUGGCCAAAAUAUCCCGGAUGCUGGAGCUGUCAUCUUGAGAUUUUGAGGUCAUUUGGAGUAACACUUGAGAAUACAUCAGCGUGAUUUAGUUGAUGUGUACUUUGAUUAUUUAAUUUGGCCCAUGUCCCAUCAGCUAACAUGGAGG